GCCCCCAGUAUGUAGAGUCUGCCAAAACAUCCUCAAAGGUUUUAAAUAUUGCUUCCAUGGUCUGCAUUUUUAUUUCCAAGGAGAAGAGUUUUGUCCCAUAGUCAGCAGGCCACUGGUUUAGUAACUUUCAGUCAGCUUGAUUUCUGUGGAAAUGAAGACUAUGCAGUCGACAUUUCUCCUGUUACUGUUCAUGCCUCUGACAGAACCAGCACCACAAGCUCAGCAGGACUCACCCUCUACCUUUGAGUAUGGGACAGAUUAUUUUGAAGAAACUAUAUUUAGUCAAGAUUAUGGAGAUAAAUACCUGGAUGGAAAAAAAAUUAAGGAAAAAGAAACAUCUAUAAUGCGUGAUGAGAAAAGUUUUCAGUUUCAAAAAGAUGAGGCUAUAACACAACUAUCCCCCAAGAAAGAAAAUGAUGAAAUGCCCACGUGCCUGCUGUGUGUUUGCUUAAGUGGCUCGGUGUACUGUGAGGAAAUUGACAUUGAUGCAGUACCGCCCUUGCCAAAGGAAUCUGCUUAUCUUUAUGCACGAUUCAACAAAAUUAAAAAGCUGACUGCCAAAGAUUUUGCAGACAUGCCUAACCUAAGAAGACUUGAUUUUACGGGUAAUUUGAUAGAAGAGAUAGAAGAUGAUACUUUUUCAAAACUUUCUCUGUUAGAAGAACUUUCACUUGCUGAAAAUCAGCUACUAAGACUUCCAGUUCUUCCUUCAAAGCUCACUUUAUUUAAUGCAAGAUACAACAAAAUCAAGAAUAAAGGAAUCAAAGCAAAUAUAUUCAAAAAACUGAAUAAACUUGCCAUCCUCUACUUGGACCAUAAUGAACUGGAAGCUGUGCCUCCUAAUUUACCAGAAAGUCUACGAAUAAUUCAUCUUCAGUUUAACAACAUAACUUCAAUUACAGAUGACACCUUCUGCAAGGCUAAUGAUACCCGUUAUAUUCGGGAGCAGAUUGAAGAGAUUCGCCUAGAGGGCAAUCCAAUAGCCCUGGGGAAACAUCCCAAUAGUUUUAUUUGCUUGAAAAGAUUACCUAUAGGGUCAUACUUUUAAUCACUAUUUAGGCAAUGUGUAAGCUAAAGUAUAUAUGCUUAUAAUUUGUCUCAAUAAUGUCUAAAGGAACAUUAAGUAUUGGUUUAGCAUUAACUUUUUAUCUUACUAUGAAAGAAUUUUAUGUCUUAAACAAGGACAUUCAAAAUAAGAUUGAAUUUCUAAGUUCAAAACAAAUUAAUAUGACAAUAUUUAAACAUUAAAAAUACCUGGUUUACACUAGACAAUUACUUUAAAAUGGCAUAUUUUUGUAUGAACAAUUUGGGAUGCAUUAUUCUCAUUACUAAUUAAGAGAAGUCCAAGAAAGUUCCAAUUGUUUAUCUUUGCUAGACUUUAUUAAGUAUCUUGAAAACAUUUAAGGCAGAUCUUCCAAAAACCUCAUAAAGGUAAAUAUUUCCAGAGAUCUAUUCUUUCAUGAUUCAUAAUUAUUCAUAUGAGGUAGGAACUCUGCUUUCUUCCUAUAAAGCAAGCUAUCUUACUUUAUUUUCACUUAGCCUAAGAAAUAAUUUACAUGAGAAAAAAAAUUCCAAAUAAAGUAGAAUUUUACUUUCUAAUAUCCAAAGUUUUCUGCCUUGUGGUCACAUCAUUAGAGCUCAAUAAAGAAAAAAUAUUCUUUUAUCAUAAAUCAUUUUGUAAAAGUCAAGCAAUUUAAAACUAAUAAGCUUUUAAAAACAAAAACUGACACAAUUAAACAGGAAUAAAGUUCCUCCACUGAGAAGAUUUUCAAUUUUGAAAUAAUUACAAAAUAUUUUCUUUUUAAACUACUAGAACUGGGCCUUCUCAAUAAAUGUUCAAAUAUAAAGAAAUGAAAACUAAGUGUCACUUACAUUGUCACCUGCCUGGGCACAUAAAUGUUUACACAAACCAACUGAAUAUUCACAGCAAACCUUUUGAGCAACAUUGGCUCAAUACCCAUGAUGAACAGACUCACUUUACAAUACAAAUCUGAUCUUCAACUGAUGACUCAAGGCUGCCAGAUUAAAGUUCCAGAAAUCUUUCUCUUGCCUAUACAUCACUCAAAAGUCUUAAUCAACAGAUUGCUCUGGAGUUAAAUAGAAAAUCAUUGGUGCUUUACAAAUAUGAAUCUGACCUUUAUAUAUAAACAUCAUUGACAUCAUUUCUAUUGUAGAUUAUACAUUGGAAUUGGUAUAGUACUCCUAGAACAUAUACUCAUUCCUGUUGUUUCUUAGGCUUUACCCUCCAGCACUGUUUGUUGAGGUUAAGCCAAGAUAAAAACAUUUGUGAACUCUUGGGGUUUAUUUUUCUGCAUAUAUGAUCGCUUAAGGCCUCGAUAGUUACUCUAACAAUGCUUAUUAGUUCAGUCAUUUAUUAUGAUGAAUAAUGACCAUAACAAAUAUGCUAUCACAAUUUUGUGUACAUGCCUCAUUUUCUCGUUGACUAAACAGCGAGAACACAAUAUAUAGCUGGUUAUACUGUCACAGUCCUAGCACAAUAGUGAACACAUUUAAAUUAAAUAUACCAAUAAAUGUUGUAAAAUCCAAAGUAAAAGCUCCAUUUCAUUUGGAAAAAUUAUUAUAUGAAUAAAUUAAUAUAAGUACACUAUGACUUUAUCUGGAAACACAUUCCUUAUAAAGGAAGGUUCAUCAGCAAGACUGAGACUAAAGAAAGUAGUAAGUUUAUUAAGUUUCUAGUUUUCAUAAGAAUGCACACGCACACA